CUGAAAACCUGUUAGACUGAAAAAUGCCUUUGAUAAAUAUCUGAAAUGAGAGUUUUUAGAUCCAGAAUGAUGAUUUCUCAUCUGUGUGCUCUGAUCCUGUUUGUCCUGUCUGGAGUGUUUGGUGAUACAGAUGUUAUAAAGUCAGCAUCAGUGACUGAGGGAGAUUCUGUCGCUCUAAACACUGAUGUUAAAAUGCAGCGUGAUGAUCAGAUACUGUGGAUGUUUGGACCUCAAGAGACUCGUAUAGCUGAGAUCCACAGACAGAACAUCUAUAUAGAUGCCACUAAUACAACAUUUGAGAAAAGACUCCAGAUGGACAGACAAACUGGAUCUCUGAUCAUCAGAAACAUCAGAACUGAACACACUGGACUUUAUAAACUACAGAUCAUCAGCAACAGAGGAACUUCAUACAAGAGAUUCAGUGUUACUGUCUAUGCUCUUCUGCCUGUUCCUGUCAUCACCAGAGACUCUUCUCAUCGUUCAUCACCAGAAAUAUCAUCAGGUCAGUAUUGUUCACUGCUGUGUUCAGUGUUGAAUGUGAGUCAUGUGACUCUCUCCUGGUUCAAAGGAAACAGUUUAUUGUCCAGCAUCAGUGUGUCUGAUCUCAGCAUCAGUCUCUCUCUUCCUCUGGAGGUGGAAUAUCAGGAGAAAAACACCUACAGCUGUGUUGUGGCGUAUUCAUUCACCAACCGGACUAAACACCUCAACAUCACUGAUCUCUGUCAGCCAUGUUCAGACUCUGUUCAGUUUUGUGGUUCUACUGAAGCUGUGAUCCGAUUGGUCAUCUCUGCUCUGGUGGGCGUGGCUACUGUUGCAGUAGUGCUUUAUGAUAUCACAUCUGGAAGAGCUCAGUAAGACAAGACAUGAAGAGACACCAGGGGGUGAUGUUUUCUACUCUAACCUCAUAUGCAUUACAUCUGCUAAUCAAUAUAAAAUAGUAAGAUACAUAAUAUAAAGCACAUUAAAGAGAAACGUAAAUGAAUUGAUUGUGUAAAUAAAGCUUUUCUUCCCCUUUGAGGUCUAGGUAGCAUUAAAUGUGUUUUUGUUGGUCACUUCCUAUCACAUGGUCAUCAAGGUAGAGUUCCUUUUUCUUGUUUGUAGAGAGUGUUGCAGUGAUGACGUGUUUUGGCCAAACCAGAAGUAAGCAUCACCCUGGUUCCCCUGCAUGGGUUUAGUCCAAUUUGAACACUUGUUUAUUGUUAUGUCGUGGAAUAAAACAUAAAAAAAAUAAAUAAAUAAAUAGCUGAGCUCAACCUUAUUUCAGGCAUUUAACCAAAUAUCAGUUAAAACAACACAACAAUUUCUCUCUAGGUUAUAAGAAUUUGCAUAAUUUCAGUUGAAGCGGAUUCAACUGCAGCUUCAAAUUCCACAUAAAUCUAUUUUGUUUUGUUAUCAGCCUGAGAAAUGUAAAUUAGAAAUUAUGAUAGCACGAUUUGCAUAACUGAUUUCAUGUUCAGCUGACUUUGUGCAAAUAUCACAACCGCAGUCCAAGACAUAGAUACAUGUUUUCUUUGAGCUAAAGCUUAUUUGUAUAUGAAUGUAAUUUGGACGUAUUUUUACCUUUCACAAAAACCUUUGAACUUGAUGCUCUUUCUUUGCAGCAAAUGUUCUGCACUCUCAGAAAAAAGGUACAAAAUCAGUCACUGGGGCUUUACGUUUUCAAAUAAGUAUUAUGUACCAUUUAGGUACUAUUAUGUACACUUUAGUUAAUAAUAUGUGCUUUAUCUUAAUCACCUUGAAAACUGCAGCUGCCAAAAUCUUUGUUCAGCUGACCUCAAUGGGAGUUUUAUUUCAUAACAAAGGAAGUAAAAGUGCUGUGCAACUACUGAACGUCAAAUGCCUGAAAACCCAGGUGUCCCCCUUCACCUUGUGUGCAUAUAAAUUUUGCUAUUUAUAUAUUUUCAUUCUUUGUCUUUUUUUUUUCUUUUUCUUUUCCCCCCUAGGAUAAGCAU